CUGGCACCAUGAGCAAAGAACAUUUAGCCGGUGGUUCCAUGUUAUGCCGACAGCGAUUCAAGGGUGUCGAGAACUUUUUAAGAAGAAUUGCAUUUAACUUAGGCAAUACACCGUCACAAACCGAGGUUAAAAUUAUAUCCUGUAUACCAAUUGACGUCACAGAUUUGCAACAAAAAAUACUGCAUUUAGAGAAACAACUGGAUGGUGGUCACAGUCCAGUAGCAUCAGAUUCGCUUAAAGAUAGCAAAAAUCUGAAAUUUAACAAACAAAGCUCGAGCAGGCGGACCACUGUAAACGCAGCGAUUGUAGAUUCUAAAUUCCCUGAAGUAUCCACUGCAGCGGUAUCCUGCAAAUCGCUGGAUUGCGAUCGGAGCACGAGCCCAACAUGUUUACAGAAAAGAGGGAAGUCCAACGUUUCGUUUAUUUUUCCGAAUAUAGAUCCUAAUGCUAUAUCCGACCAGCCAUUUUCCUGUGGCAACUCUGAAUUAUCCCAAGGUGCUGAAGACGUAAUAAAAGCGAACUAUCAAAGUUACGAAGCCGCUCACACGAUGACUGAACAAAAACCAAGCUGUCAUCGAAAAACGUUCUUUAAAAAGAAAAAAAAGACGAUCAAAUAUAAAAAGGGGACCUCGCCAUUUGUUUACUACGCACAAACGAACAACAGCUCUCCGUUUACUAAGUCCGAACAAACAGAGGAUCCAAAAUGCGAAAGUGAUGUUAUGAGUCGUUCAUAUUUGGCUCAAAUGAUUAACAAGCAAUAUAAACCUAAAGUUAUAGGAGAUAACUUAUCUAUCUUAAGUCAGUUCUCAUCACCUGUCUGCAGAGAUGUCCAGCCGCGUGUCGAGGGAGCUUGUCGAUGUGAGUCUGACAUAUGCUCAUGUUGUUAUGGCCCUUUCCACAAUAUUGACAAUCACAUGAACAGACUGAUUCAUCCUCAGACUUACAUGCUUAAUGAGAUCAACUUGGGUAACAUGUAUUAUGACACCAAACAAUACGACAUGAUUCCAGUCAAAGAAAAGCCAGUAAAAUUGAAUACAGAGACGGCUCGAAAAAAAGAGCACAAACCAUAUUUCGAUAUAAAAUGCUGGCCGGAGAGUAUACGCUCUAAGUACCACCACUCGAUGUACCCUAUUCCAGCGAGCUAUGUGUACAUGCCCCCAGCUGAUUGUGUUUUCAGAGAUAGAUACGACUCCCACGGGAAAAAAAUCCCCUCAAAAAUGAAUCGUAUAGAACCGAUCGUAAGAAAAGUAGUAAAACGAAGGAAGGAAAUUUACAAACGAGAGCGGCCGCUGUCUAUUGAGACGACGAAAAGUUGUUCUGUAGAUUUUGGAAAUAUUUAUUCUAAAAAAAAUUGCAAGAAACCCAAGAAACAGGAGAUUCGGCAAACUCUUCUGCCGUCUAAAAAGAAACAGGAGAUUCGGCAAACUCUUCUGCCGUCUAAAAAGAAACAGGAGAUUCGGCAAACUCUUCUGCCGUCUAAAAAGAACGCCGAGUGUUUAACUACCAACAUAGAAACUAAAAAUUGUAAUACUAUUGAAUGCCAGACAGCCACGAACAUACCUGCAAUUAAUCGAGCUGACGCUAAAACUGAACAAACAUUAAAUCAGAUCAAAGUUAUACUUCAAUCGGUUCUAGCAGAAGUUAAAGUGACUACCCAAAUGAAAAAUCAAGUUAUUCGAGAUAAACCCAAGAAAGAUGCAGUCGUCCAAAAAGGACAGUCGCAUAACAACAUGCAAGGAUCCAGUUUGAUGAAUAGUUUCAAUUAUAGCCCUUAUAGCACUAUGAACCCGUCUGCCUAUAUGGCGACGUGCUCGCCACAAUUAAACCCCAGUCAACUGGCAGGAGUUAUGCCCAAUCAGUUGUAUUACUCGCAUGAGGGAAUGAAAUGUUUCCACAACUUCCCAUUGUUUAUACAACCUCCAGGAGGGAGACCCAUGUGUACGAGCUGCUACCGCAACAGCUCUCACAUCAAAUCUAGUUAUAUGAAGCACGCGGCAACGAUUGCCACCAAUACCGAGGAAGUUCAAGAAGAGCGUACCAAAGAAACAGAAAAACUAAUAAAAGAGAUAUAUAAAUCCAUGGCCUUAACUAUGGACUUACCGAAUAAAGAUUCUUCACUCAGCGAAUAUGAUGAAAUAUUAAAACCACUGAUAUUAAAAUCAGAGCCAAAAAAGCAACCAAAAAAAAUUAGGAAUGUUGUUCAAGCUGUAUCUGAAUUAUUUAUAAAGAAAGACAUGAUAGACACGUCAGACACCCUCAAUACAACGGUCGAAAGUAAGGUACUGUCUAACGAAGUGACCACACAAUCUCAAAUGGUGACUACUACUGAUACUUCUGAUAGGAUACAAGACGAAAGCUAUAACAACUAUAUACGCAUUAACCACACGCAACCGACGGACCCGGAACUACAGAGGAAAGUAGUUCGUGAAACCUUGGUGCAGCACAGUGAUACUGUCGAGACGGAGACAUCAAGUACAGACUAUGAUAUGGAGUCGACAACUCCAGUUAACGACCUGGAACCUAAACAAAAAAAAGAAAAGCAAGGUUUAUUUAGCAAGAUGUUAAAAUCUGUAAAGCUCUUCAAGGUAAAAGAGAAACCGAAGCAGAUGAGUGUAAGAAGUGAGAGCGAAGAAGAAUCUACCAGUGACUCAGAUGAUUACCAGACGGUGUAUAGUCAGAAAAUUGAGAAAAGUGUUAAAAACCCGUAUCGGCCACACAACCUGCCAAAACGUAAAACCCAUUCGAAGAUAUCUUACAAACAAUUAUACCAAAGAGACAGAAGUCCUGAGAAAAAGAGGUCGCCCUAUAUGGAACAGGAGUACCGGAGGUACUGGGACGAGAGGCUGAUGUUCCAGAAUAACAGAGCGCGCCGCUCCUCGGAGCGAAUGUACUCCGACCUAACAAAUGGUUAUCAUGCCCGCUACCAAACUUACGAAGCCAGAAGUGCUCUUAUGGAACCAAAGACGAUGAGUCCGAAAACUGGACGACAAACGAACAGAGUAGUGAAUAGUGAGAAUAAACUGAAGGGGUCGUCCAAAGGAAAGCCGUGGCUGCGGAUACAUAAGCCGGGCAUCCAUUGCGGGUGCGGCGAGGCGUGGAAGAAGAAGUUACUUGAAGGUUAAAUUACUCCCUGUGUUGUUUUGUGCUAAUGUGAUACGUCCGUAUAAUGUGUUAUUGUGUCAAAAAUGUGUAAUAAAAAUU